AUGGACAGCGAGCCUGAAGGAGAGGCGCGUACCUCUGUCCCUCCCACUGAUUCUUACAAAGAACGAGAGACUCUUCUCCGGUCAGCUACUUGGAGUUCUCUUUUCCUUUCUCAGGUACUGCGAUUGACAGCCUUGAGAGAGAAGCAGCGAGCCCAAUCCUCCCGCAAGUCUCCAGAUGCUCGAGCUGUCGCUGCGCAUGCAGCCGCCGAAGGCGUUUUCCUCGCCUGCGGCAGACGACGCUCUUGGGAGGCGACUGGACGCGACAAGGAAGAGGAUGCACCUGAAACGCAGAGGUACCCAGGCCGCUCUGAACCGGCAGAGGAACGCGAGACAGAGCCCACAUGCUCCGCUCAGGAAAGGCGUCCGCGCGAACGAGAAAGGAAGGAGAAAAACGCGUGUGAAGGUGGCGGGGGAGAGGAAGGCGAGGGCGGAAGCGAGAAAGGUGAAUGGGAGCGUUGGUCUGGAGAGUCUGAAAACUCAAGAAAGGCCUCAAAAGAGGCGCUACACGAUUUUGAAAUCACUGGAGGCGUUCCUCUACUGGAACAAAGCCUCCGGUUCGACUGUGAGGAGCUCUGUCACCUCUUGAAUCGAGCGACGUUUUCUCGGUAUGAAGACUCUUCCGUCUCGUCACGUCCUUCCUCAACUCCGUGUGUGACUCUCCCGCCGGUGUCUCUACACCCUGUCGAGCAGUCUGCUGCUUUUUCCUUUUCUCCUUGUCGCGUCGCGGGCGACUCUUCGUCUUCGUCCUGUUCGUCGCUUGCGUCGUCUCCUCGCGCGGAGGCUUGGCCUUCUGUUGUCGCUUCAUCGCUUUCGCCUUCUCGCCUCUGCGAUUGCUCCCCGGCGCAGCGUACCGCGUCCAGAGACAGCUCAGCUGUCCGUCCGUCUUCGCCGUCUUGUUCGUCCUCUCUUUGUUUGCCGCACUCUUCAUUCAGUGAGCCAACGGCGGCUGACUGUGAGGAUGUCUCGAUCUCAAUCGCGAGUUCUGCUCCGCCUCUCUCGAUCUACGAAGUCUGUGCAGGGGCCUUGUUUCUCCCCUCCUUCCUCUCAGAGUUCGAGCAGCUUCUCCUUGCCCGUGAGUGUCUCUCCGUCUACUCGCGACCGCCACAUGUGUGCAAUGUCUGCAGUUUGUUUACUGCAAAAGAGGCGAGAAAAGGCGGUGCUUCUGUCCUCGCGUCUGCGAUACACGUAGACCAGGAAGCGAAGAAGACAGCAUGCCCAGACAGCCGAGGACGAGAUGCUCUCUCGGAGGAGAGGCGAAACGCAGACUCUGCGACGAGACCUCCUGUUGAGACGCCUGCAUGCAAACACUUUGAGGGAGAUCUCUGCAGAGAGACGCCCUCGCUCUUUGUGAAGAAACAGCUUCACUGGGUGACCCUCGGCCGACACUACGACUGGUCUCGCCGGUCGUACGAAGACGCAGAAAGCGCGAAAAGCGCGAAAAGUGGAAAUUCUCGACCCCCUUCGUCUUCGGGGUCGCCUCGCUCUUCUUCUUCGCUAGCGUCUGCUCUCAGUGGCAGUGGAGCAGCGCUGAAGGUCUUAACCGGGGAGGAAAACAACGCGCAACGCUCCGAGGAACAGGGCGGCGAGGUCGGUCAAGCCAGAGUCUCGCGUUCUUCUUCUCCCUCGCACACCGCGUCAGUCUUUGCUUCUUGUUCGGCUUCUUCGCUGGAGUUGUGCACCAGCUCUCGUCCGUGCUCUUCGUCGACCUCCGCGUCUUCUGCUCUCAGUGGCGUCUGUCUCAAAGGCGAGAGCGAAAGGAAGACACACCGUGGAAGCAUGGAAGCGAGCAGACCAAGUGGGGAGACUUCGAGUGUCAAGACGGCCGAGGCAGGAGAAGCAGAAGAAAAAGGAGAAAACGGACAGAGGCAAACGGACAAGAAGCGUGAGAGUGAAGCUGAAGGCGCCAGGAAGGAGGCAAGAAGAGAGGCCGGUCGAGCCGGACUUCCAUUGGCUCUCGAGAAACUGUGCGACGACAUUCUCCAGUUCACAGAGCCUUUUCUUCAAGGUCCAAAAGAGGGGAGAAGACCCAGAAUGAAUGCCGCCAUCUUGAAUGUUUAUCGGAAAGGCGACCGCCUGCGAGGUCACAGGGACGACGCUGAGAGAGCUGAAGCGCCUCUUAUCUCCAUAAGCCUCGGGCAACCGGCAAUCUUCCUUCUCGGUGGCGACUCUCGACGAGUUGCGCCUAAAGCUCUCGUUCUUCGCUCUGGAGACGUCCUAGUCCUCUCUGGAGCUGCUCGCUGGGCUGUCCAUGGUGUCCCGAAGCUACUCUACUAUACCCCAGUGGUUAGUUCGCCCGCUCCUCGGCGAAAGCGAAAGCCGAGAGGUCCGCCGGCGCCACCUGCCGCCGUGAAAUCACACAGCGCAAGGGAUCCGACAAACCGUGAAGAAUGGCGAAGUCUCCCUGGAAAGAAAACAUGGCCGGACGAAAGAAGUGUGGCAUCCGCCGUCAGAGAUCUGUUGGCAGAAGCCGGGCUGACACAGGUGACGGAGCUGCACGCCGAAGGUAGCCUGAGGCUUCUGAAAUCCGAAAAUCGUAGAGAGAGGCUGCAUGCCUCUGCGACUUCCCACUGGGUGGAUUUUCUUGAGUCUUGGCAGCAGCACAGGCAUGCAGAUUCUCGCGUGUCUGGGAGAGAAUUAAGCAUGUCUAGAGGAGAAUGCGCUUCCAACACAGACCCCAGAGCCGCUACGUUUGAACCGGUGUGGACAAAGUCUGUCGCUGAUGUGGACGCGUGGCUCGGAGAGCUGCGUUUGAAUCUGAGUUGUCGGUACGAUAACAAUGCCUAGCAGCACCAAACCUUUCAAGAGUCUGACCGGUUU